AUGUGCCAGAGCUUUCAAGUCAUUAAUGUUAAUGUUAAUGUUUAUGCUAAUGCUAAUGCUAAUGUUUAUGCUAAUGCUAAUGUUUAUGCUAAUGCUAAUGUUAAUGUUUAUGCUAAUGCUAAUGUUAAUGUUUAUGCUAAUGCUAAUGUUAAUGUUUAUGCUAAUGCUAAUGCUAAUGUUAAUGUUUAUGCUUAUGCUAAUGUUAAUGUUUAUGCUAACGCUAAUACUAAUGCUAAUGUUAAUGUUUAUGCUAAUGUUAAUAUUUAUGCUAAUGUUAAUGUUUAUGCUAAUGCUAAUGCUAAUGUUUAUGCUUAUGUUAAUGCCAAUGCUAAUGUUAAUGUUUAUGCUAAUGCUAAUGUUUAUGCUAAUGCUAAUGUCAAUGCUAAUGUCAAUGUUAAUGUUAAUGUUUAUGCUAAUGUUAAUGCUAAUGUUAAUGCUAAUGUUUAUGCUUAUGCUAAUGCUAAUAUUUAUGCUAAUGCUAAUAUUUAUGCUAACGCUAAUGCUAAUGUUAAUGCUAAUGUAAAUGCUAAUGUUAAUGUUUAUGCUAAUGUUAAUGUUUAUGCUAAUGCUAAUGUUUAUGCUUAUGCUUAUGCUAAUGUUUAUGCUAAUGCUAAUAUUUAUGCUAACGCUAAUGCUAAUGUUAAUGUUUAUAUUAAUGUUAAUGUUUAUGCUAAUGCUAAUGCUAAUGUUUAUGCUUAUGUUAAUGCCAAUGCUAAUGUUAAUGUUUAUGCUAAUGCUAAUGCUAAAGCUAAUGUUUAUGCUAAUGCUAAUGUUAAUGUUUAUGCUAAUGUUUAUGCUAAUGCUAAUGUUAAUGCUAAUGUCAAUGUUAAUGUUUAUGCUAAUGUUAAUGCUAAUGUUUAUGCGUAUGCUUAUGCUAAUGUUUAUGCUAAUACUAAUAUUUAUGCUAACGCUAAUGCUAAUGUUAAUGCUAACGCUAAUGCUAAUGUUAAUACUAACGCUAAUAUGUAUGCUAACGCUAAUGCUAAUGUUAAUGCUAACGCUAAUGCUAAUGUUAAUGUUAAUGUUAAUGCUAAUGUUAAUGUUAAUGCUAAUGUUAAUGUUAAUGCUAAUGUUAAUGUUAAUGUUAAUGCCAAUGCUAAUGUUAAUGUUAAUGCUAAUGUAAAUGCUAAUGUUAAUGCUAAAUCUAAUGUUUAUGCUAAUGUUAAUGCUAAUGUUUAUGCGUAUGCUUAUGCUAAUGUUUAUGCUAAUACUAAUAUUUAUGCUAACGCUUAUGUUAAUGCUAACGCUAAUGCUAAUGUUAAUGCUAACGCUAAUAUUUAUGCUAACGCUAAUGUUAAUGCUAACGCUAAUGCUAAUGUUAAUGCUAGUGUUAAUGCUAAUGUUAAUGCUAAUGUUAAUGCUAAUGUUAAUGUUAAUGCUAAUGUUAAUGUUAAUGUUAAUGCUAAUGUUAAUGCUAAUGUUAAUGCUAAUGUUUAUGCUAAUGUUAAUGUUUAUGCUAAUGUUUAUGCUAAUGCUAAUGUUAAUGCUAAUGUUAAUGCUAAAUGCUAA